AUGCUGGAGAUCAUGUCAAGGCACCUGCAGAGCGAGUGCAGGGAGCGGCGUCGCCUGGCGCUCAGAGGCCUCGUGGUGCUCAGUAAGGAUCCCUCGAUGGCCAGAAGAAUGUGCAGCGUGUCUCAAAGCCUUCUGGAUCUACUGGGGGAUACAGAUGAAGAGGUGGUCAGCAUGAGCCUCCGUGUGUUCACCAAUGUGCUCCAGCACAAAGACAUCCUGGUAUCCAGCACCACCGCCCCAAAGCUGGCUGAGGCACUCCUGCUGCUCUUUGAGCAUGACAACAGCCAUGUGCAGUUGCUCUCCAUUCAACUCAUGCACAAGAUGAUGGACUUGGUAGUGGAUGAGGGAAAAAAGCCCAUGAAGAAGAUUCUGAGUCAGGGCUUGCUCCCACUUUUCUUGUAUUGCCAUGUUGAGAACUGGCAAGUGGCAAAGGCCUCUCGGGAAACGCUACUUCGUGUGGCCAAGUUUUUGAAGAGGAGGAAUCUCGAACAGCUGGUGAAGAAGGAGCAGCUGUCAAAGUUUGCCGAGGUCCUGCUGGCAGAGGACAGGAGCCAAGUGCUCGUGCACCUGCGCCGGGCCCGGCCCUACCUGCAGAGCUCACAGGAGCCCCUGCGAGAGGCGGCCAUCAGGUUCAUGGUGACCGCCGGGCGGUACUUGAGGAAGCAGCAGGAAGAGACCCAGUUUAUCUACAAGGCCCUUGAAGCCCUGUGGAGAGAUGACAGUCCUUCCCAGACAAACAUAGUAGUUCAAGAUACAUUCAGUGAAAGAGCUGCAGAAGUGGCUCAGAAGAACCAGUGUCUGCAUCAGGCCUCCAAAUGCCAUGGAAGAUGAGACUACCUUGAGACCAGAAGAGACCAGCUGGAGCUCCAGGCACAGCUGAUGAUUGGCACAGCUGACCCUGUGGGAAACCUGCAGGGCUUCAGCCCUCUCCCUGCUUAUAGAUAGCUCCUUCCCUCCAGCCCUCAGACACUGCCCAUCCCCUUUUUUCCCCUCCACUCUCCCUCCCUGAUGACAGCUCUUUCCCUCUAGCCCUCAGAUCCUGCCGAUCCCAUUUUUCCCUCCUACCCCAUCCCUUUGGUUUGUCUUCUAUUAAUAAAUUGUUUGGCUUUUUCA